AUGGCCAUCCUCACCGAGACCACAGGGGAAGCCGUCCCCGGGACGGUCCACCUGGUCGACCUGGACCACACCAUGCACACUCGACAUGCUGAUGCGGGCGCCGGUGAUAUUGUCCUGGUGCCGACGCCGUCCAACGACCCAGACGACCCGCUCAACUGGUCGCCGCGGAGGAAGAUCCUGUCGAGCAUCUGCACGAACCUAUACACUUGGUUCACCGGCAUGAGCGUCUCGACCGUGUACUCAGUCCUGGUCCCCCUCUCCAAAGCGUCGGGUGUGUCUGUGUCAACGCUCAACGAGGGCACGGGCUACAUGUUUCUGUUUCUCGGCUGGAGUCUGCUCUUCUGGCAACCCUUCUCGCUGAGAUACGGCAAGCGCCUGACCUACCUGAUCUCCAUUCUCGGGUCGCUGGGCACCAGUAUCUGGAGCGCCUACGUGACGAGCAACGGAGAAUGGAUCGCCAAGUGCAUCAUCCAAGGCUUCUUCAACGCCCCCAUCGAAGCCCUGCCUGAGAUCUCCGUCACUGACGUGUACUUCACCCACCAGCGAGGCACGUACAUGGGCAUCUACGCCUUCACGCUGGCCGGCAGCAAUUACUUCACCCCGGUGCUCUGCGGCUUCAUCGCCGACGGCCAGGGGUGGCGCUGGGUCUUCUACUGGCCCGCCAUCUUCCUGGCCUUUGUCUUUGUGUUUGAGUUCUUCUUCUUGGAAGAAACCAACUACACGCGCAAGACGGCGGGACUGAUUGUCGAGGUCGACACGCCACCACCCGAGCCAGCCACGGCCAAGGACGCGGCCGACACGGAGAAACUCCCCGCGACGGUGCUCUCGACCACGUCGUCCUCGACCCCGGUCGCCGACUACGGCCGGCCCAAGACGUUUAUGCAGAAACUAUCGCUCUGGAAUCCCCAGCCGGGCCAGCCGAUGGUGCAGCGGGCGCUCCGCAGCUUGAUGUUCCUGACCUGGCCGGUCAUAUUCUACGCGGGCUUCUCGUACGGGUCGUACCUGAUCUGGUUCAACGUGCUGAACGCGACGGCGUCCAUCAUCCUGGGCGGGCCUCCCUACAAUUUCGCCCCCUCGAUGGUCGGCCUGUCGUACCUGUCGUGCACCAUCGGCGUCAUCCUCGGGUGUUUGAUCUCCGGCCGCUUCAGCGACUGGCUGACCAUCAAGCUGGCCCGGCGCAACAGCGGCAUCAUGGAGGCCGAGCAGCGCCUGUGGCCCUUUGCCCUGUGCGUGCUGCUCGUCCCGGGCUCGCUGAUCCUGUGGGGCGUCGGCGCCGCCCACGGCGUGCACUGGUUCGGCCUGAUCUGCGCCAUGGGUUCGCUGGCCUUUGUGACCACUUUUGGCGUCACGUUGAGUGUCAAUUACAUGAUCGACAGUUACCACGGCAUCAGCGGCGACGCGAUUGUGACGGUGAUUCUGGUGCGCAACACCAUGUCGUUUGCGAUUAGCUACGGGAUAACUCCCUGGCUCACCAACCUGGGCUACCAAAACUGCUUCAUCUCGGCCGCCUUCAUCGGCAUGGCCGCGUCGAGCGUCUUCUUCGCCAUGAUCGUCUGGGGCAAGGGGUUCCGCGUCGCCAGCGCGGCUCGCUACUGGAAAUUGGUGGGCGCCGAUCGGGAGAAGGCGGGGGCGGGCGCUUCUUAG